UUUACAUUUGAAACGUAUCUGAGCAACGAACAAAAUGUUCUCCAAAAUUGUAGCCCUUUGCGCCUUCGCGGCUGUAGCCCAGGCCGGUCUCCUGGUUGAGCCGCACUAUUCCUCGGCCGCCGCCGUCUCCUCUCAGAGCAUCGUACGCCACGACCAGCCCCAGCUGGCCCACAAGCUGGUGGCUGCCCCCGUCGCCUACCACGCCGCUCCUGCUCACGUCGCCUACCAAGCUGCUCCUGCUCACGUCGAAUACCACUCCGCCCCCGCCCCCGUGACCUACCACCACGCUGCCCCCGCUCCCAUCGCCUACCACGCUGCUCCCGCUGCCGUCCACUACACCGCUCCCGUCGCCCACGAGGAAAUCUCUCAGCCAGCCAAGUACGAGUACUCCUACUCUGUUGCUGAUGGUCACUCCGGCGACAACAAAUCCCAGCACGAGACCCGUGAUGGUGAUGUCGUGAAGGGCUCUUACUCCCUCAAGGAGGCUGAUGGUUCCAUCCGCACCGUGGAGUACACUGCUGACCCUCACAACGGUUUCAACGCGGUGGUGCACAACACCGCCCCCUCCCACGCUCCCGUGGUCGUCAAGGCCGCUCCCGUCGUCUACUCUGCCCCUACUUACUACCAUCAUUAAUUCAAGAAAUGUGUAGAUUAAAAUAUUUAAUAUAACAAAUAUUUAUUACACUUUAUAUUUAGCAAUUACAACGUUUUAUUAAGCUCCUUAUUUCAUUAGAAGGAUUCUGUUUUCUAAUAACUACUACUAUAUAUAUAUAUUACUUACUAUUAACAUAUAUGUUAUAUUACUUACUAUUGACAUUACACCUAAACCAAAAAAUGUGGCCGCCAUUUACCGUUUAGGUAAUAAAGCACAAAAUAAGCAAAAUAUAACUAUGUGACAAAGACCAACAGUUCGGGAAUCAGUAUGACUACAACAUACAACAUACUAGAUUACACAGAAAAGGAUCGGUUUAGAAAACCAAAUUGGUUUAUUGGCCACUGGACGGUUUAUUUUUCUGACAGCAAUAAUAAAAGUUGUCAAAUUCCAACGAGGUACUUGUUCUCUUAGUUACAACAUUUAAUCGGAUUACUAAUAUGUUCCAGAAAAUUUAUUGUCAUAUUGUACUUUCGCAUAACAAACCUUGGCAAUUUGUUGGCAUACUGUUAUUUCGCUCAAUUUUCUUAAGCAGAAUAAUGUAAUAGCAUAAUGUUAAUUUGAAUAAUAAUCCUAUAAUCGAAUAAUGGUUUAGCCGAAAAUUGUGUCGCAUACGACUUACUUGGCAAACUGUUAUUUCGAAAAAAAAUCUUAGACACCCUGUUAUAUCGCACAUUUUUUUAAGGAGAAUAGUACUUAGGCAUAAUGUUGAUGAGAAUAAUAAUUUUAUGGGUAAUAGUUUCUUUCCGAAAUUGGUAUCGCAUACAGUUAUAAAACCGAAAGAUAUUUGACUAAUUCCUGAUUGUACGAGUAUUUUGAUUUAUGUUAUAGUACUUACAGUUCUGGCAGCAGUUCUUAUUUUGUAGGAAUCGCAGUUCUAACCUAACCUAAGUUACAGUUCUGACAGCAGUUCAUUUUGUAUAGGGGUCGCAGUUCUAACCUAACCUACAGUUCGAGCAGCUAUUCCUUUUGUGUAGGGGUCGCUGUUCUAACUUAACUUAACCUACAGUUCUAGCAGCAGUUCCUUUUGUGUAGGGUCGCAGUUCUAACCUAACCUAUAGUUCUUACAGCAAUUCCUUUUGUAUAGGGGUCGCAGUUCUAACUUAACCUACACUUCUGACAACAGUUCCUUUUGUGUACGGGUCGCAUUUCUAAACUAACUUUACCUAUAGUUCUGGCAGCAGUUCUUAUUUUGUAGGAGUCGCUAUUCUAACGUAACCUAACUAUAUUGGUAACAGUUCGUUACAUUACAUUAUGCUAUGAUACAAUUAUGCCAUAAUAAAUUCGGCCGAACUUAUAUUCUAUUGUGCAAAAUUACAUGAGUAUUAUGCGGUAACAAUUUCGGCAGAUUUUUUAUUCUGCUGCAUAAAAUUCUGCGAAAUUAAAGUCGGCGAUAAUAACAGUAUGCCAUUACAAAUUCGGUGGAAUGUAAUUUAUGCUACAUGAAAUUCUGCGAAUGUAAAAUCUACGAUCUUAUUAUUAUUCUGCUAUUCCAUAUUCUGCCAAAUGAAUGUUAUGCGACAUGACAGUUAUGCUAAUUAUACAAUUAUGCAAAAGUAUCAUUCGGUUAAAAAUGUUUCUGCGAAAACUGCUAUGCGAAGUGUUUUUCGGACAAUCGAUAUUAUGCAAGAUAAAGGGAAGC